UCACUACUUAGUGAGAGUGCGCAUGCGCAUUGUUCGGGCAAGAUGGCGGCUUCCGGGAAACAAUAUGGGCUUAUUAUGCCAAAAAAACUGCCACAGAAAAAUGCAUUUCUGCCAAGACAUUCAGCGUUUGCAGAUGAUUCCGAUGAGGAGACAUCGGUGGGCGAGACCCUGCAGAAAGAAUCCUUGAAGAAACGUGUCAUGAAACAGACCAAGCUGGAGAUCCAGAAAGCCCUUGAGGAGGAUUCCUCUGUGUAUGACUACGACAAAGUAUAUGAUGAUCUGCAGAAGAAGAAAGAAGAGAGUGCUGCCAAGCUGCUGGCUGGGAAGGACAGAAAGCCCAAGUACAUCCAGAACAUAUUAAAGGCAGUGGAAGUGAGAAAGAAGGAGCAGGAGAAGAGAAUGGAGAAAAAAAUCCAGAAAGAACGAGAAAUGGAAGGAGAAGAGUUUCAGGACAAGGAUGCUUUUGUCACAUCUGCCUACAAAAAAAAAUUACAAGAAAAGGCUGAAGAGGAAGAGAGGGACAAACAUCAGGCUGAAAUUGAGGCAUCUCUGGAUGUGACAAAGCAAAAGGACCUGAGUGGCUUCUAUAGGCAUUUAUUAAACCAGGCUGUGGGGGAGGAGGAGACCCCCGAAUGCAGCUUACGGGAUACUGGGGUAAAGCAAGAAAAGCCAAGGGGAUAUUCAGAUGAACUCCACCAAGAAAAAAGCUCUAGUUUAUCAAGGCAACCAAGCGAUUUGAAGGUAGAAGAAAACAUAGAUGCAGACAGUGAUUUGAGCAGUGAGUCUAGUGAGGAAGAUGACCUCCCGGACACAAAGAAAGCAGCCACCAGAAGCAAGUCGGAUCAAGACGAAAUGAAACAUGACAGCUCAAAGGCUCACAAAAGAAACAGACACUCCAGUUCUUCCAGUGAUGAAAGAGAAAAGGAUUAUGAGGAAAAGAGAAGACCGAAAGAGUCACGUGAUAUAGGCCGAGCAGAGAAGGACAAGUAUUAUGAUCGGGAAUAUGAGGAAAAGUAUGAACACGAAGAAGAAAGCAGCGGAGAUCGGCACAGGAGAAGAGAGGAGCAAGAAUACAGGCCGAGAGGUAGAGAAAGAAAAGAUUAUGAUCCCCGUAACAAAGAUUCUAGGAGAGAGAAAGAACAGCGGUAUUCAGAUAUUGAAGGUAGUAGAAAAGAGUCCAAAAGAGAGAAAAAUUGGGGGCAUUCAGAAAAUGAAAGCAACAAAGAGUCCAGGAGAGAGAAGGAUUGGAGAUGUUCUGACAAAGACAGGCAAAAGAAUGACAAAGAUGAACACGAAAAGGAGCGAAGCAGGAAACGCAAAGAAGAGGUGGAACCUGAGAGGAGGAGAGAAAAUGCAGAUAAAGAAAGACACAGAAGUAAAGAAACAGGAGACAAAUCAUACAAAGACAAGAAAACCAAAGACACGAGGGAGAAAACUCCACCACUGUCUGAGAAACACGACUCCAAGCGCAAGGCUCAAGAAGAGGAAAAAGAAAGAGAACCACAAACAGAGAUGUCCUCUGUGAGCAGCAAGUUUGCGAAACGCAGUAAUACAGAGACUGUAUUAUCAGCCAGGGACCGUUACCUGGCAAGGCAAAUGGAGCGAGUGGGCACCAAGGUUUACGUGGAGAAAGAAGAGGACUAACAGAACGUUUAAACUAUUUGAUUUGGGUUUUGCCAGGUAGACGGUGGGGACUACUUUCAAUUAUUUCAGGGGACGUGUCCAGAUCUGUGGCAGUCUUUUUGUUACAAGUAACAUUUUUCUUGGUAGAAAUGCUAAAUUGCGGAAUAUAUUCUUUGUUGGGUUAUUUUUGCUGUUCUGUACCCCUAUUAAACCAAACUGCAAAUAACAUAA